AUGGCGGUUAAUUUAAGGCUGCGACAGCCUCGUUUACGAGAAGCAACGAAUCUGGAAAACCAAUCUGUGUUCCCAGCGACAUGCAGCAGCCGGGGCCGGCGACCGCACUGGCAGUACAGGCUACACGAAAGUGACAAGGCGCCAAAGACAAUAGUAACCCUUGAUGAAGGGGGCUCGAAUGGCAUUAACUUAGCGGUUUCAAGCAUGACAGCGGAGUCGUUAGCAGGUGAUGGAAACAUGUACUUACCGUGACACGUUGCAUAACAAACGCGGCAAGAAAAAGCCAGAGCCAGAUGUCGCAUCAGUGCGUUUUCACAUUGCCCUCCAUGAUUACUUCAUCGAGAAGGCAAGUAGCAAUGAAUGUGGUUGAAUGUUGAACGCGGAAGCAACAAAAUUGAGCGGGCAAGUACCGUGCCAAUUACGCGUCGCGUCGAAUACAGACUGCCAAAAGAAGAAGGGAAAUCUUAUAUAAUGUACCAAACCAGGAGGACAAUGGGGCGGAGUGCAAGGCUUGCCUGACAACUUGGACAUGCUUGGGACCGAAAUAUGACUUCGCGGCCCUAAAAAUAUU